AUGGCGAAAUUAUCCAAGGCUCAGAAAAAGCAAAUAUACAUUGAGAAACUGAGCUCACUAAUCCAACAAUAUACUAAAAUAUUAAUUGUACAUGUAGACAAUGUUGGAUCAAAUCAAAUGGCAAGUGUGCGUCAGAGUUUAAGGGGGAAGGCUAUCGUAUUAAUGGGAAAGAAUACAAGAAUAAGGACAGCAUUAAAAAAAAAUUUGCAGAAUGUACCACAGAUAGAAAAAUUAUUACCAUUAGUAAAAUUAAAUAUGGGUUUCGUAUUUUGCAAGGAAGAUUUAUCAGAAGUUAGAAAUAUUAUUCUUGAAAACAAAUCACCAGCACCUGCAAGAUUAGGUGUUAUAGCACCAAUUGAUGUAUUUAUUCCACCAGGUCCAACAGGUAUGGAUCCAUCGCACACAUCUUUUUUUCAGUCUUUAGGUAUAUCGACAAAAAUUGUAAAAGGUCAAAUUGAAAUACAGGAGCAUGUGCAUCUAAUUAAGCAGGGAGAAAAAGUAACAGCUUCAUCAGCAACACUCUUACAAAAAUUUAAUAUGAAACCUUUUUCAUAUGGUGUUGAUGUACGAACUGUUUAUGAUGAUGGAGUUAUAUAUGACGCAAAAGUUUUAGAUAUUACUGAUGAAGAUAUUUUAAAGAAAUUUUCAAAAGGUGUUUCCAAUGUAGCUGCAUUGUCCAGAGCAGUUGGUAUAAUAACAGAGGCUUCUUAUCCUCAUGUAUUUGUUGAAGCAUUUAAAAAUAUUGUUGCUUUAGUAAUUGAUACAGAUUAUACAUUCCCAUUAAUGAAGAAAAUUAAAGACAUGGUUGAAAAUCCCGAAGCAUAUGCUGCUGCGCCUGUUGCUUCUUCAGCAGCCAAACAAGAUGCACCUAAAAAGGAAGAAACGAAAAAACAGGAAGAAGAGGAAGAAGAAGAAGAAGAUGGAUUUAUGGGAUUUGGAAUGUUUGAUUAG